GAACUCUGGUUCUCAUUGCUUCAAUGCGGCCUCCAGAAUUGGCCGCUUUGAAGUGAUGUGAUCUCGUCUCACACGCUUCACCAUUGUGUCCUUUCUCACAUCCUUUCAUCGAAGCUUUUCCAAAGUAGGAAGUCGUCAGCUCGUGGUCCGAGCCAGUAGACAAGACAGCAGCAGCAAUAGAAUGCAGCAGGCAGACAGUUACAAUAGCGGAACGUGAUGGAUGCGACGAAAAAGUAGAGUAGUGGCGGCCGAGCUUCCUUCAAAGACUCCAUCGUUGAAUGUUGUAUGUUGGACUCGAUACUCGGGGUUGGCUUGAUUAAUUGAUCGAUCGAAGUGGCUGUUUGCAGUCGUCGUAUAACAGAGGAGAGGGAGAUUCGAGGAGAGGGGUGGAUCCGGAUCGGACUGGACAUCAGAUGAAGCAGAAGGAGGAGGAGAGAUAGUCAGAGAAGCGAGGGAACAGGGAUCAAGAGAGAGCAGGAGCUGCAGCAUGGCGUAUGGAGAGAACAUCGGGCAGCCUUGGCUGCACAAAGGGGUGAAGUGUGCCAAGUGCGAGGUGAGUCCGAUCAGCGGAUUCCGUUACAAGUGCAAGAAGCGGCCGGACUACGAUCUGUGUCAAGCAUGUUUCCGUCGAGAGAUUCCGGAUCCGAAGAUCAAGUACGUGAAGAUUGAGAGGGGCAAGUCGACGGGGCCUUACCAGGUGCACUUCAUCGAGUGCGCCGAGUGUGGCAUAGCUCCCAUCAAAGGCAAGCGCUACCGCCACAAAACUCAAGAGGACUGUGACCUGUGUGAAGCUUGCUACUCCAGAGCUACCAAUCCGUCCAACAGGAGAGCGCAGCCGGAGUCAGAUUACGAAGUCUACGAAGAGCUCUUCAUUAACUCGGUCUGCAAGAAAUACGAUCAAGUUUACCACUUCGACAAACGCUGCGAUGAGUGCCUCGUGUCUCCGAUUUGCGGUCCCACCUUCACCUCCAUCAAGAAUCCCGACUACGAUCUGUGCGCUUUCUGCCACGAUGACAAGCUGCAGAGCGACUCGAUCCGAUCCGGGGACUUCUGUUCCAGGGAGAAGCCUGAUGCCAGCGCUGUGUACCACCUGAACAUCAUCUGCUGCGUUCACUGCGGUGCCACUCCCAUCAAAGGCCCGGCUUUCAAACAUCGAAGGGAUCCGAACAAGACCCUUUGCCUCAUUUGCUACUACCAUGUGCAGGAGGAUAAGCAGCGUUUCUUCUUGAGGAUCGAACCUCCUCGCCAGGCUGACAAAGGACCCGGCCCCAACAAAUUCGCCGUCAUGGCACAGAAGUCAGCGGCUCAAGCUGCAAACAAGACAUCUGCUGCUAAGACAGCCACUGUCACCGAAUCUCCUCCAUCUCCUCCACCUCCUGCUGCUGCAGCAGUUGCAGUCGCUGCUGCUGCCGCCGCUGCUCAAGUUGCUGCUGAGAGCACUGCGAAAAGCGACCCGGUUCCUGCUCCAGGAGCCAAUUCGACGACCAACCUUGAAUCUAGUGGAGGAGUAGGAGUGGGCUCUCGAGGGUAUGUGCCCAGAAGUGCUAACGGGAUAGGCUCUGUUGCUCCUGGUCUGUCACCUUCUCCGAAAAUAACCAGCAGGUCAGCUGUUGAGAUUAAGGCGCCGCCACCACCUUUGUACACGGCUGGACUGAAGACUUCUCGAGCUCCACCCCCGUCACCGAGACCAGUCUCACCACCGUCACCACCACCUGCCCAGCCACAACAGCAACAGACUGGUCUAAAAUUCAAUUCUGCAGCUGCUCCGGCUCCUGCACCAGCAGCACAACAGGGAACCAGCCUGAAGUUCACACCUUCUGCUCCAGUUGCAGCACCAAAGUCGAUUCUGAAGGUUACUUUCGCCGAACCCGAACAGCAACCAGCAUCGACUGCCAAGUUCUCUCCUGCUGCUCCUCAACCUGUUCCUCCAGCACAACAACAAGCAGAUCUCAAUUACUCCUCUAGAUCUCCACCUAAAUCACACUACACUCCUGCGGCUCAGAAUACCAACUCCACUUAUCAGCAGAGAUACCCUCAACCUGCAGCCGCAACAGCACCUCAAGUUCCAGGUUCUAAUUCUGCAUUUCAAGGUAUUUCGGGACAACAACAACAGCAGCAGCAGCCUGCAUCUUCUCAACCGCAGUCUGGAGUGCACAAUUACAUGCCCGGAGCUGCAGCGGGUUAUCCUCCAUCAGCUGCCGAUUACCUUGCAGCCAUGACUGCUGCUCAGCAUAACAGCGCACAGCAAACAUUGGCCAUGCUCAAUGCAAUUCGGAUAGAGAAGGAGCGAAGUAGCUUGGCUAUUAUGCAACAAAUUUUGCAAAGAAAUCAACAGCAAGGUGUGGAUUUCUCUGCAAUGCUAGGUAACACUGGAGUAGGAGGAGGAGGAGGAGGGGCUAUUGAUUUUGCUUCUCUACUGAACAAUGCCGGAAGUACUCCAGACUAUUCAGCUUUCCUUAGUGCUGCAGCAGCAGGAGGAGGGGCAAGCGGAAUAGAUUACUCCUCGAUUCUUGGAGGGGCAGCCGGUGGAGGAAAUGUGGACAUCGCUGCGUUUCUUGCCGCACAGAAUAAUUUGGGAGGCUUGGCUGGAGUCAUCGGCAACCUCGGGGGCCUGGGUCUUGGGUGAUACACUCGGAUGCAAUUGAGCCUUCCUUGCAACCUUCCCCUCUGCCAAUUCAAGCAGUCAGUCACUCAGUCUCAGCUAUAGAGUCGCAUCUGAUCGCCUCUCUGUUCGACACAAACUGGACAACAUGGGGAUACUUCAGGGCUCAGCAACACACGACACCUUUCCAGUUUCUGAAUGUUCGUUCAUGCUUCCAAGGCUCCUGAACACCGCUGAUCGAAUUGCUAGCUCGCUGUAAAUCAGCAGGAUGUCUUCCAGAAGCUCAGUCAUGAUCGCAGUUGACAGGUCAACUUUCCUGGCAUCUUCAUGAUGACAUUUCACUCUGUCAGCGAGCUCGAACAGGCUUACGUAGGUGAAAAUUUCACAUACCCACAGCGCUUGCGAAGAAGGAUGCUAAAUCAGCCAGGGGGCUGUUUGCUCCAUAAUUCUGGAGUUAUAGAUUUUGUGAAAAACGAUUCUAGCUAUUGUAUAUAGUGUUUGUGCAAUGAGCACAAAUGGUAGCCCAGGAGUUACUUGUUCUUGUUCAUGGCAAUUACGUUCAGUGACUGACUGGAAUCCAGAAGUCUGCGUUAUGUCGCUGCAUGCAAAGCUCGGUAGUAUCUCACAGUCUCUUGACCUCGAAUUUGGUCAAGGAUUGGCCGAGGAAUCGUUUGCUUGUGAUCUCUCCUUCAUCUUUCAAACCCGAGGAUGAGGAGGAGUUUUGUAAACGGGGAUCAGUGACCACCGUAGCGAGCGAAGGGUUUGAUUGGUUCGAUAGGCUUUGAUAGAACGAAUGAUCAAUGAAUGGCGAAGAACGUCCCCAUGAAUUGGAAACGGGGGCCUCCGCCACGGGGAAGAAAACUAGCUGGAUACUCAUAAUUGUACUGGUUUUUUAAGAGGUGCCUCCGAGAGCUUGGACGGACAAAAGGCAGUCCCAGGGCUUCCCGUGAAGGAGGAGCAUCUCCUUAACGACAGCGGGUUCAAGAUCCGUCUUCUUCUGCGAGAAUAGCUUGGCAGGGGACGUGAUCCAUUUCACCCCUUGCUGCUGCAGGGAACAUUUUUUAGGACAGCAAUCUAAAAUAGUACGAUGAGUGGGGAGAGUCAUCCAUGACAUGAAUCUCUGGGUACACUACUGGUAAUUUUAGAAAUCCCACUCCUUGUGUCUAUCUCCACGUCGUCCUGUAUUCUGGGUGCACCACCACAGCCCAGGUGCAAAUGACUAAUGAAAUCUAUGGCGUCUUUCGGCCUCGAACCGUGUUGCU